CAGCAGGGACGGCUGCUGCAGGCUUGUGAUCGACCGGCCUGCGUGUGGGUUUUCGAGGGAGCUGUUCGCCCCCGGCGCUGAGGAGCCACGGCCACGAAGGGGAGGAGGACGAGGAGGAGAACAACGCACCAGAGCCCGAGCAACUGGAACUAGCAAAGCUCCAUCGGUCUGCAGAGGGGAAGCGGAGGAGGCACGGCUGGGGCAAGCGACCCGGCGCCUCGCGGUUGGGUGCCAUAUCACCCGGCUGCAGUGCCUUCUAGUAAAAAGCCACCGCGGCCCAGGCUGCAGCUGCCAGACGGAUGCCAAGGACACACGGCAGGCGCGGGGACAGCCGCUGCAAUCGCCGUCCCACGCGGGCUCCGGACAUUAGAGGUUGCUGAUGAAGUGAUUGAGAAGAAACAGUGAACAUCUUCAUUUUGUAGACAGGACACCAUGGAUCAGCCUUUUACUCUGAAUUCUCUGAAAAAGUUAGCUGCUAUGCCAGACCAUACGGAUGUUUCCCUCAGCCCAGAAGAGCGAGUCCGUGCCCUAAGCAAGCUUGGUUGUAAUAUUACAAUCAGCGAAGAUAUCACUCCGCGCCGCUACUUCAGGUCCGGAGUAGAAAUGGAGAGGAUGGCUUCGGUGUAUCUUCAAGAAGGAAACUUGGAAAACGCCUUUGUUCUUUAUAAUAAAUUUAUAACUUUGUUUGUAGAAAAGCUUCCUAGCCACCGAGAUUACCAGCAAUGUGCAGUACCCGAAAAGCAGGAUAUUAUGAAGAAACUGAAGGAGAUUGCAUUCCCAAGGACAGAUGAAUUGAAAAAGGAGCUUUUAAAGAAAUAUAACGUAGAAUAUCAAGAAUAUUUGCAAAGCAAAAACAAAUAUAGAGCUGAAAUUCUCAAAAAACUGGAGCAUCAGAGAUUGAUAGAGGCGGAAAGGAAGCGGAUCGCUCAGAUGCGCCAGCAGCAGAUAGAAUCGGAGCAGUUUCUGUUUUUUGAAGAUCAGCUCAAGAAACAAGAGUUAGCCCGGGGUCAGCGCAGCCAGGAAGCCCCAGCGCCAUCGGAGCAGAUUGAUGGGAGCGCUUUGUCCUGCUUUUCCGCACACCAGAAUGACUCCUUGCUGAAUGUAUUUGCAGAUCAACCUAAUAGAAGUGAUGCAACCAAUUACGCUAGCCAUUCUCCUCCCGUAAACAGGGCCUUAAAGCCAGCUGCUACUCUAAGUGCUGUUCAGAAUUUAGUGGUUGAAGGACUGCGCUGUGUAGUUUUAUCAAGAGAUCUUUGCCACAGAUUUCUACUGCUAGCAGAAUCUAAUACAAUGAGAGGAAUAGAAACCUGUGGAAUACUUUGCGGAAAACUGACUCAUAAUGAAUUUACUAUUACUCAUGUCAUCGUGCCAAAGCAGUCUGCGGGACCAGACUAUUGUGACGUGGAGAAUGUAGAAGAAUUAUUCAGUGUUCAGGAUCAAUACAAUCUCCUCACUCUGGGAUGGAUCCAUACACAUCCAACCCAAACUGCGUUCUUAUCCAGUGUUGAUCUUCACACUCACUGUUCCUAUCAGCUCAUGUUGCCAGAGGCCAUUGCCAUUGUUUGUUCACCAAAGCAUAAAGACACUGGCAUCUUCAGGCUCACCAAUGCUGGCAUGCUUGAGGUUUCCGCUUGUAAAAAGAAGGGCUUUCAUCCGCACACCAAGGACCCCAGGCUGUUUAGUAUAUGCAAACAUGUGUUGGUAAAAGACAUAAAAAUAACCGUGCUGGAUCUGAGGUGACAUGUUCCGAAGAUUAGCAUCGUCAACACCAGACACCUACCCAUGGACAUGUGGUUGCCAGAUUUUCUUAAGAUGUUUUCAGAAAUGACUGAUAUUUUAUAUUUAUACAUUUUAGAUCAGGAAGUUUGAUAUUUAUUGCUCUUGCACAUCUGAAGUUUUCUUUUUGGGUGGUUCUGUCUCAAGAGAGGUCACAUGGUGUUCAAUCAGUACUUAUUAUUGUGCCCAAAUACUAUGACCAGACAAUAAAUUGUGCUGCAAACAACAUGUCUGGUAUUUAUAGAGGUCUCUGCAUAGAUUUUCAGAGCUUUAGGUGUUUCACUGUAUUUUUUUUCAUUCCUGUAAAAUAUAAUUCCAAAUAAGAAAUUCUGAGUAUCAGGUGUUCUCCAAGACAGGCCGUCUGUGUCUGCGACUUUUCCUGUGGGUGGUAGAAGGUAAACAGUUUACGCCUGUGAGAAGAAACGUGGCUGCAGAUGGUGGAGCCCAUCCUGUGUUUUCAGUGUCAUCACAUCCCAGGCUCACAGAUGUCCGCAGGCAGACAGCGUAGGAUACCAGAACAGUGAGCUUCUACUUGCGGGUCGGGUGUCAGAGGGCUCCGGGCAGCAGAUGAUUCAUCAUCUUGAUUUAGAGGACUAAAAGUGGAGAUGCUGGAGAGAGGAAUGAAAAAAGACUCAGAUAAAAGUGUAAAGCCUGUUACUGUGGAAGUCAACAGGGGUGACAGGGAGAAGAAUUGAGGCAUGGGAAAUGCUGAUAAUUUUCAACCAAAAGAAUGAAUAAGAAAAUAAUUUGGAGGUAGUUGAGGCCUGAGCCUUUCUGAGGCUGGUCCAGACAAAGCCGGGGGAAGAAAGGUUGUGGGUUUGCUGAGUUGCUCCCUUCACAGAGAUCAUUGCUUUUCCAGUAGCGUUGCCUUUACUUACACUCCACGACUUGUCAAAAGGCUGUAGGUUGUGACCCUUUGGAGGUGUCGAGACACACCAGGGAAGGGUUAGGAAGUCUCCGGCGACACGUGAUGACAGGAGUGAUUUGAGGUGGAAGGGCCAGGGAGAUGCCUCCUCAGGCCUGUGGCUAUUACAACUUAAAUUGCUACCUGAAGAGACUCUCAACAUUGGCCCAAGGCUUUUCAGUUACAGUGAAUGAACAGUGCCCUGCUGAGGGGGAAAAAUAAUUUGGAAAGAGCAGUCAUAAUUAAAAGUAUCUCUAUAUAAAUCUAUGCAGAGGGAAUAGGAAGAAAAAUACAUUUAAACUGAAGAGGAUAUCGUAAAUACACUGCUAUGGUAUUAUUAAGGCUUGGAAUGGGACUUGUGACUGGUACCUAGGUAAUAAAAGCAUUUACCUUGAUCAACAGAUACAGAUUAAAUAGAAGGAAUGGGAGACUUAUGGACUAUGUUGGCAAGUUGAAUUGGUAGGAAAAACCUGAGGGUAGAAACAUUAUGGAGAAAAUUUAGCUGCAAAUAUGAGGAGAGAAGAAUGGAAGUGACAUUUUUGAGGAGCAAAGUCCAACCAUGGCAGAAGGAUAUGGAUGCCUUCUUUCUGAGCAUUUACACAAGACUAACAGGGAGGCACAAGAAACAGUGGUUAGGCUUCAAACGAUCUUAUCAUCAAGGGAACAUCAUGUUCAGCUAAAAGCAGAUCAUAAUAAACCCUGGACUUGACUAACUGAUUGUUUAAUUUCUGUGUAGACAAUUUAAAUGCUAAUCAAUAAGGUUAAACAAAUGGAUGUUGAGUUGACAGAAACAUUGGGACAUUUCCAAUGAUCCUAUAGUGGGUACUUUCAAAGGAAGUAAAGACUGAAACGUAUAGGGAAGUCCCUAGGAAAUCAAAUGCAUGCUCUGCCACCCUAGACAUUCCCAGUGAGGUGGGCACAGGAAGGCAUUAGAAAAAACAGCCUGGCAUCCCAGCAAGCUCGCUGAUUUGCCCAGGUUUCAAAGGAGCCUGUGUAAAAGCUGGAAUGCAGGCACUAAGUCCAAAAGCAAUUCUGAGAAAUGGAUAAAAAUUAGCAACUAAAAAAUAACAGAAGAUUGACUAGGAAUUGUCAGAUGACAAAAAUAAAACAAUUUAGUAAUGAGUUUGAUGUCCUGUUUUUCAAGGGAAAACAAUCCACGAACUGGGGGUGUACAGAGCCUCCCAGGCAGCAAGCACUCUUCCUCAGGAUGUUUGGGCAAAAGCGAGUUUUAUAGAGCCUUAGAAGAGGCAACACGGAAACAAGAAGAUCGGGGAUUUUCUUAUAAGGUUAGCGGGUUUCUAGGGUAAGGUGAGCUAAAACUGAGUUGGAGAUUGUGAUUGGUGUACGUUAGGUUUCAUUGACAGGUGUUUACCAUAAGUGCAGGAUACCAUUAGGUUGCCAUUUGUGAUGUGGGCCAGGCCACUGGGGCAGCUUCCAUUUUGUGGGUCCCGACAUAUGAAUUAACUUUAUCAGAAUUAACAUAGCUUCUCUGGGAACAAUUCAUAGCCCAUAUUUCUAUUUUAUUAAUAGGUAGGUGUAUUACUCUGCAGAUCAGAAAGAUGGUGCAGGUAUGCUUAGAAGCAGGACAGCAGAGUCUUACGUUCUGCAGUCAGAGAAACUUGGGUCCAAGUUCCAGCUCUGCCAUGUACAAGACAAUGCUUUAUGACAGCAUGAAAACCAGAAUACAAGAAGCUAGUAGCAGGGCAAUUCCUCAGAUAUGGGUCUUUCCUUACUCUAGCUUAGCUUUGCUCUCCUUUCCAACAUUUAAAUUUCCAACUCCAGCCGUCUUCCCCUGAAUCUUCAGUUUCUUCCCUGACAGGAUCAAGCUAACCCGAUCUAACCUUCUCUCUUUCCAAUGUCUUGGGUAUGCCAACCACAGCUUUCCCAGACUUUGCUUUCCUCCUGGCAUUAUAUCUGAGUUGCCAAAAUGACCUUGUCUGCAUGUGCUAGCAUCCAUUUUUAAGUUCACUGAUUUUUGUAUUCCAAGAAGGGCUGUUCCCUGUUCUCUGAGCUUGAAUGAGAUAACAUCCCUCCCCUAUUCUCUAAUACUGACAUCGUGCCACCCAGAGCCUGCUCCACUUCUCAUUCUUGAAGCACCACCCUGUGGGCCGCUCCAUCACUUGUCUCUGCCUUAUGACAACUUGUAGGCUUGGAAAAUUCAGAUCCAAGACUCCAGAAGUAGAGCUUGGCUUGCCUUAGGCAUGGGGACCUGGUUCUACAACCACCACCAGCUAAAGGCAAACUAACCUUACAAGGCUGGCUCCACAGACAACCCACUUUUCUCUGAGUGAUGCUGUCCUCAGCUUCUUAGUAUGUAAGGACACCAUGAUAUUCUGACAUACUUGAUCAAAGGAAAAGAUUAUAUAAUUUAUCCAAGUAAAAAUGACGAGUGGGACUAGAAUAGUUGAGAAAUAAGUGAUAUUCUCAACAGAGAAAUCAAAGAUACAGUAGAGGACCAAGAGGAUAUAAAAUGAGAGGUAUCUGAUGAAAAAACUGUGGCUAUUGAAUGGUGCCUACAGAUAGAAAGGACUCAUUUGAAAGCCUAGAACAUUUAGCUUCUUAGAUUUCUGUAAAGAAUAGAAAGAGCGGCUAUGAGUAUGUAAACCCAAUUAUAUGCCUUCUGAGUUGCAAAUUAGAAGAGAACUAAUUUUUCAUUAAAAAGAUAUAUUGUAUCCCCUAAAAGAGUGGGGCAUUUUUGACACUUUCAUUUCCUUGCAAGGAGAAGCACAAUCUCAGGCCUGAGGUGAAGUUUGAGAAGGUGUUCUUGAAGGGGACAUGACUUCCUUAUUGCCAAGUACAAACCCAAUUAACCAGAUUUCCCAGAAGGACCUUGUCACAGUGCUGAAGGACCCUUGGAAUCAGCAAGCCAGCGACAUGCCCUUGCCUGGCAGAAUGAGUCCUGAGGCUCUAUCUGAAAGAAGAAUAUUGGAAAUGUAGCCACACCAUUGAGGGAUGGGCUGGCCAGGAGGGAGAGCCCAUGCCAGCCACCCUGGAGGCCUGUGUGAGUGUGUGUGUGCAUGUGUGGCUGAGUGCAUGACCACUGGUGUUCCUUGAAUGAGCUUCCUUUGGAAGAUCUCAUUCACAGCAGGCAGAACAGCUCCCUCUUUUGAAUAUUCCAGAGCCCCAUUUGCCACUUCCUUUCUCCUAAGGCAAAGAUAGUUCUUCAUUUCUUUUCAGAUUGGUGUUUCUAUAGAAAAUGAACCAAUUAAGACUGAGCUUCCUGUUCUUUAAUGCUAGUCAGUUUGUGCUCAGUGCCUGGCACCUCGCAGUACAUGUCAUGGGCUGAGUUGUCUUCCCCCAAAAUUCAUAUGUUAAAGUUCUAACCUCCAG